CCGGGCUCACGGCGAAAUGAAGAACGUCGGUGAAAAAGACCGAGAGUCUCACCGCCGCCGUUUGGUACCGAGGAGAGAUCCCGCACUCGGAGAUAUCCCGCACUCGGAGGGAUCCCGCACUUUGUGCCCUUACAAGAUGCUGCAGGCCGGCUUCCCUGUUCAUCACCAUGGCACCAGCUGGGUCUCUCCUGCUGCUCUGGGCACUGACCACCGCCGCCGCAUCUAACGACACAAAGAAUAUCACAGCAAAGCCUGGAGAGGACGUCCCUCUUCGCUGUCAGGCUCCCAGAGGUGCUGACAUCGCACUGAUAGAGUGGAACAGACCUGACCUGGAGUCAAGGAAAUAUGUCUUCUUCCUCCGAGAAAACAGCCCAAAUGAGAAGUACCAGCUCCCCUCGUAUCGUGGUCGAGUGAACCAGAGGGAUCCGGAGAUGAAGGACGGAGACGUUUCUGUUGUUCUGAAGAACGUCAGCGUCAACGACAGCGGAACAUACGAGUGUCGAGUUGGAAUCGGGGGGAGAGACACACCUAAACUCUACAGCACCAUCCAGCUGAAUGUCUCAGUCUCAGGUCACACAGCUGGAGACAAAGGAGACAAGGAUGGAGGAGACAAGGAUGGAGGAGACAUCAACAGACAUUAUGGACUGAUAGCAGCUCUGCCAGUUGUUGUUGUUGUUGUUGGGAUGAUAGUUUUGUUCAUUCUCUGGGUACGUAAAAGACCUCAAAAUAAUAAUCCUGCUGAUGAAGAAGGUGGCCCACGGCAGGACACACUCCUGGACCAAAGACCUAUAAAUAAUAAUUUUACUGACGCCGAAGCUACAGGCUGCACACGCUACCACAGACGGCAGACAAGUUCUGGCGGCUGAUCGCACCUGUCCACCAGAGUAGCAGGGCUACAUAGGGCUACAUUCCCAGUCCCAUUGCUGAGUAAAUUGAACCUUUAUUUUGAAAUCUCAGAAAUCAUUGAGGUCUCACUCGUUUUUUAAUGAUGCAGAGAUACGAGAAACAAAUCAAACACAAAACAAAUACAUAAUACUCAUUACACGACACUGUACUAUUAGAUCCGACUAGGCAAUCUGAUUGUUCUCUGACAACUCCGCUGUUAGCCUCAUCACAGAUGGGGACGACAGGGAGUACAGAGAACUUAACAAAGACUUCGUGGACUGGUGCCAGCGGAGCCACCUCCACAUCAAUGCUGGGAAAACCAAGGAGCUGGUGGUGGAUUUCCGAAGGAGCAUCGAUAUGGUUAAAUCAUAUGAGUACCUGGGUGUUCACCUGAACAAUAAACUGGACUGGACAGACAACACCACAUCACUUUACAAAAAAGGCCAGAGCAGACUGUAUCUGCUGAGGAGACUCAGGUCCUUUGGACAUUCUAUGACUCUGUGGUGGCAUCAGCCAUACUC